GAGGAGCAGCUGGAGAAGAAGAAGAAGGGACAGAAGAAGACGACGAUCUCGGCACGGGUCGGACUUCACCGAUGGGCCGGGCCCGGAAACGGAUCGAGAUUCCGGGCCGGAUCCUCCUUGCCUCUCUGUCACUGACACCUUCCCUCCCAUGUGGAAAUUGCAAAAAGAAAGAACUGCGCACUCCUCCGCCACUUCCUCCCAUGGCCUCACGACCCUCUCCCCUUGAUUCCCCCAUAUCUACAUAAACACGGCGCGGCCAGUCUCCUUCCACCUUCCACCACCGCCCCUCUCUCGAACGAACGAACGAAUCCCACCCCGAGGGGAAAAUGGGUGCCCUGGUGAAGCUGGUCGACGCCAUCCUGUUCCUCUUCUUCCUCGUCGUGGCCGUGUGCGCGCCCCUGUUCGACGCCCAGGCGUGCCUCCCCGAGCCCCUCUUCCCGCGCGCCCUCGUCGACCUCAGCGCCUGGUACGCCGCCCGGGUCGGCGACUACCUCGUCGCCGAGAAGCCCCUCUUCUUCGUCGGCCUCGUCUGGCUCGAGCUCCUCUUCCUGUGGCCGCUCUCCCUCCUCAACCUAUACGGCAUCCUGGCCGCCAGGCCUUGGUUCGGCACCACCUGCUUGAUCUACGGCGUCUCCGCGGCCACUUCCAUGGUUGCUAUUAUGUCGGAAUUGACUGGGUCCGGUAAAGCAUCGGAUAACUUGCUGAUGGUGUACUUCCCCUUCUUGGGACUCAGUUUGCUGGCCUUUCUGAGGGGUCUGCUGCCAUGUUCUACCAAGAUUACGUCGACCAUCAGCAAGAAACCUGCAUUGGCAAGGAAAAAGAGGGCUUGAGAUAUGACACCGCGCUGUGGACGUCCUGCGCUUUCUAGCCAAUUCCAGAUCCAAUUCAGUUCUUUUCAGUGAUAUCAGAUUGAGAAUGUUGCGAAUUAGGAAAUUUUCUGAUCUCGGGGCUGCCUUUUAUGAUAUUUUUUUCUGAAAGCUGUUGCACGUUGGAAUUGAACUCAUCAUCUGGGAAGAACUUAGUUUGGUUUGGCGGCACUUUUUUGUUCACUCACCUGAAAUAACUUUUAUUGCACCAAAAUUGCUUGUGCAGGUGGCAGAAGCUGCAAUUGCUUAUGCUGCUUAUGAGUUGAUUGGCGUAAAAUAUGUCAUUGAUUUGGUUGUCAAUUUCUCCAUCUAGAACGGUUUAACUUUACUAUUGAUUGAUUUCUCUCCA